GUUAGAUACAGAUGGAAACAGUUAAAAAUAUUGCAUAUGCUAUGUGCAGCAUGAAAUGCGUAAUUUAUAGUACAUGUGCAAACACGUGACGAGAUUUGAUCUCGUUGAUAUAAUGGGUCUUCGCGUCGUAGGUUCAAAAAAUAAUCUUUACCAAGUAAUCUUGGAACAAGUAUUUUUAAAUUUUUGUUCACUUUAAUAUUUAUCUCAGAUUUCAUAUGGACUUUGGAAUAAGUGCGUUCCAUGGAAAGCAUUGCCUCAGUCUUUUAGAAACAUUUAAACAUCAAAGACGUGCGUGAAACUAGUUUCGGUGAUACUAUUUAUUUAAGUUGCGACGUACGCACCGCUAUUGAGGAAAAUUUAUAAUAUUGAAGAUAAUUAAAAGCAAACCAUGCAAGGAGUACGAGUAUUAGAUGGUGGAUUUUCUACACAAUUAGCAACUCACGUGGGUGAUGUAAUAGACGGGGAUCCCUUGUGGACAGCACGAUUUCUUGUCACAAAUCCUAAAGCUAUUAUCUCUACACAUUUGGAUUUUUUAAGAGCUGGAGCUGACAUAAUUCUUACCAAUACUUAUCAGGCGUCUAUAGAUGGUUUUUCGAAAUAUAUGAAUAUGACAGAAAAGGAAAGCCUUAAUUUAUUUAGUAAAGCUGUAGAUUAUGCUAAAGUAGCUGUAGAUUUAUAUAACAAAGAAAUCGAAAACAAAGAGAAUGUUGUAAAUGAAAAUCCAUUGAUAGCUGGAUCUAUUGGACCAUACGGUGCCUGUUUACAUGAUGCCUCAGAAUACACUGGUAAAUAUUGCUCCUCUGUGUCAGAGAAAAUUCUCAUGGAUUGGCAUAGGCCUCGUAUUAGUAAAUUGAUCGAGAGUGGUGUAGAUCUGUUAGCAAUAGAAACAAUACCAUGUAAACGGGAGGCAGAAGCACUGCUUUGUUUAUUAAAAGAGUUUCCAAACAUAAAGGCUUGGUUGUCUUUUUCUUGUCGUGAUGAUGGGAAGAGUAUAGCUGAUGGUUCUAACUUUCAAAAUGUUGUAACACAGUGUCAUAAAAUGGCUUUACCAGGACAAAUAUUAGCAGUUGGUGUUAAUUGUAUUGCACCACAGUGUGUAGCUUCUUUAUUGAAAGGAAUUAAUGGAAGUUGUAAACAAGAAUUUAUACCUUUAGUAGUAUAUCCUAACAGUGGUGAAAAAUAUACAGUAGAAGCUGGUUGGAUAAGAAAGGAUGGAGGAGAUACAUUACACCAAUAUAUACACGAAUGGCUUAAUUUGGGUGUAAGGUAUAUAGGUGGAUGUUGUAGGACACAUGAUACAGAUGUAAAGAAAAUACGAGCGGAAGUGGAAAAUUGGAAAAAUAUAUGAAAGACGUCUAAGACUUAUUGUACAUAUGUAAUAUAUAAAUAACCAUAUGCAUUACAUGUACUACUAUAUAAAAAUGUAUUUUCAAAAGUUUAAAUAUCAAAAUACUUUUUUACACUUUUUACAAUAAAAAUAAUUUUUUAAAGUAUAAUUGUACAUGUUUAUUAAUGAAA